GAGCGGUCAAACUCAGUCCACACGGAGAGCUCGGCUUGGCUAGAGGCUAUCCAGAGCUGCUGGUCAGCGAUCAUUGAUCCACGAGAGCUGUCAAACGUCGAACGACUAUCCCUGGUGUGAUCGAUGUGCCUCGCGCGUGUCCUUCUGUGGAGCUGACCGUUAACAAACGCUUCGAGCAAACUCCGGAUUCCCGGAUUCGCGAGGGACCAUGCGUGAGUCAGUGAAGAGUCAGUCGUGAAGCAGUGAAUCACAUCGAGCUCCUAAUUCGUCGCGGAAGGAGUGGAUAGCUCUUGUUCAGACUGGAGAUAUCGUAGCAUCGUUAUUGCGGAAUCAAGCAAACUACUUAAUCGACGCGGAACGUGACCGAUCGACAUCUAAGAAUGACAGUAAUAAGGAUGACCUCGCCGGUGACGCCUGCAUCGACCAGUCCGGACUCGUCAGACGAGGCUCAGGCGUUGCAGGCAAGUCCCAAACCGGCUCAUCGAUUAAGCUUCUCCGUUGCGGCUUUGUUAGCUGACACCAGAAAGUCCUCGGACUCCACGACGAGGCAGGACGCGAUCCUAACGUCACCCAGAUCGUCACCGAUCGUCUCGUUCGCGUCGAUACGACAGGAACCUCGUAUGCUGAAGCAUCCGUACGAUUUCAAAACGUCGAGAUAUACUUUAUCAUCGUCGCCCAGUCUUAAUCAAGAGGUUAGAUUGAUUCAUUGCACUUCUCCUCACAAUACUUCAGAGUCCAGAACACCACCGAGGUAUCCCGAGGCGAUCGAUUAUGCCCGCAAUAUCGAGUCACCCGGCAGACGAUCGACCUGCGGUAGCGUGGACUAUCGCAUGCAUCCAUCCACCGACGCCAGUUCUACACCGGAACCCAUGGUUGGCUGUUCCUCGUCUCCGAAGAUCAUCGGCAAUCAUCAUGAUGCCGGGUCGCAGUCACCGAGAAGCAGCUCCCACGACGAGGCCCGCUCGAGGUGUUCAGAAACGGAUGAUAUCGAAGAGGACGACGAGAGCAGACUGGUUGACGUGGAGGAUCUUCAGCAUCAUCCGUCCAGCCCGACUCCCGUUAGGCCGACACCGGCCUAUCUCGGUUUCGCCACCAUCGGCGGUAUCCCCGAGAUUCCGCCUAGUCUUCACCCUGCAGUCUGGGGCGGCGGACACCAGAAUGCAGCUGCAGCCGCGGCGGCCGCAGCGGCCGCGGCCACUGCCACAUUCUUCCCUGCUCACUUCUCUCAUCAUGCUCCUCUAAACGAGAACGGCGAGCCAGCUAAGAUUAAAUGCAACCUGAGGAAGCACAAGCCAAACCGAAAGCCCAGAACGCCCUUCACGACCCAGCAAUUGCUAGCCCUCGAGAAGAAGUUCAGAGAGAGGCAGUACUUGAGCGUCGCCGAGAGGGCAGAGUUCUCAUCAUCACUGCACCUUACGGAGACACAGGUAAAGAUCUGGUUUCAGAACCGACGUGCCAAGGCGAAACGUUUGCAAGAAGCGGAAAUCGAGAAGUUAAGAAUGUCGGCCGUGAGACAGCACCACACGGCGCUUUAUGGCACGCACCCGGGGAUUUUGACCCCCGCGGGACUUUAUCCCGUUGGAAUGCUGUCUCAUCCCGGGUUGACGCCUCAUCACACGAUCGCACAGCAUCCAGCGAGAGAAUGAGAACAGUAACGUUCGAUGCCGGUUAAAAACCGUUGAAAGGAUCUGUCAUCGAAUCUCACGUCCUGAGAAAUGAUUUCGGUUGCGCGAAAAGGACAGACUUAAAAAUUGCACAAUUGCAGUACGUUGAUAAAUGACUUUCAAAUAAUCUCGAGAAGAGGGAGAAAGAAAGAGAGAGAAAGAGAAAUCUUGUCAUCGGCUUUAUAUUUUCCAGUAUUAGUUUAAAGAAGUGAAGGCUCACAAGUCUGUUAAAAAAUUCGUCUGUGCCAAUGUCGCCUGUCUUGAAAAGGCUGGAAACUAAUGUAAAUAGAAUUGUAAAUAUUACUAAUGUACCGCGCGUUAACUACUUUGUACAUAAAUACCUAGCGACUAUUCGAGAAAUGGGGUUGCAUUUGCAUCGCUGAAUGCAAAUAAAACGAACGAAUCUCAUCGGUAGUUUGGAGAAGAUUCUUUUUCCAAUUUUGUAUAAAUGUAAAGCAGACAUAACAACGAUCAGGAGAAUUUAUUUAAUAAAUUGUAUUAUCAUAACA